UGAUCUGAUCAAAGUUUGUUUCUGCAAAACCGAAAGUGGAAAUUGCGCGAGGGUCCAGAUCCCGUUUUUAUCGGACCGUGUUUAUAUCGUGCGACUGCUCACACUUCGGAUACAAAGUUACAAGAUGGCGGCGCAUUUACGAACUAUCAGAAUCGUUUCACAACAUGGAAAAAGAUCAAUGGUAUUUAGAAUGUCAAGUUUUACAACAAAACAAAUAUGCUUGCCGUUGUCAACAAGUGCAUCUUCAUCACAAGAAAUUACAAGAAAGAUGCUACCUAAUGAAGGAUUCUGGGACAAGAAUGAGCGAAUGAAACGACCAAUGUCACCGCAUCUUACUAUUUACAAGUUUGAGUUACCUGCACUCUUGUCUGGGUCACAUCGUGCUACAGGAUUUGCGUUGUCUGGAGUUAUUGCUUUGGUUGGUGUUGGAUCAUUAGUUUUACCUGGCAAUCCAUCAAGUUAUAUUGAAGUUAUUAGAGCAUUUGAUCUUCCGACCUGGUUCCUGGCAUCCGGAAAACUUUUGUUAAUAUGGCCAGUUGUUUAUCACACAUUUAAUGGCGUUCGUCACUUAGCAUGGGAUACCGGUCGUGGCUACGAUAUGAAGACUUUAUACAAGACUGGUUAUUUUGUUGUUGGAACGUCCAUCGUUACAGCUCUUGGAAUACUUGCUUCGUUGUAUCAGUAAUAAACUCAUCUUCUUGGAUAAUCUACUUGAAGAUGAUAUCUUAAGAUAGAAAUGAAAUAAACAGUCUGUAGGCUCAAACGUGAUAACUAUACCAUGAAAAUGUUGGUAUAGUCGGAAAUAUGUAUAUUUUUUCUUUGUUAUGUAAAUAAAGCAAUUGGCUUUUGAAAAAAAGGUUUGAAGUCUUGUU